UUUAUAUCUGGCUUUAUUUAUCUCUUGUCAUAUGCCACUUGUCAUUCCCGUCAAAAACGAAAAUAAAUGGACGAUGGCUACCUUGAAAGUGGUCAACUGUUUGUUUAUUAUUUUAGCAACAAACCUAGCAGCAGGCGAACUACAAAGACCAGAACUAACGGAAGACACCGACGAUGAUUACGAUUCGAUCAACAACAAUCCCAAAGAUCCGGGCAAGCCCCCGCCCGAUUUGCUAUCGCGCCAACACAACCCGAACGCCAUACACCAGCCGAAUUUAAAACGGCACUCGUGCCACUCCUGCGAGCCCCCCGACUGCUCCAAGCCCACCGUAUGCCGGAACGCCCUGCAGUGCUGGAAGUCCCGCGUGCGCGAGACCACCGGCGAGGAGAGCGUCUCGAAGGGCUGCACGACCGACCAAGAACAAGUCCCUUUCUAUUGCAGGACUCCUUCUGUAACGGUGCAGCACAAGCGGCAGGCGAGCGGCCAGUUCCAAAUCGACUGUUGCAUAGGGGACUUUUGCAACGACGGUGACUUCCCCGAGUUGCCUCCGAUGUACCCGGACACCAGCACCGAGUACACGGAAUCGCUCGUGUACGGAUUGAAGAUCUUCGCCGCCAUUUUGGGACCUCUGGUCGUAGUCGGAACGUUCGGAGUCGUAGCACUUCAUUUUAUGAGAAGAUAUCAUAGAAAUAGGUUAUGUAAUGAUAUUAGAGCCGAUCCGGAUACAUAUUACGCCUCGGACGAUCUCCUUAGAGCCACCGCAGCCGGUGACAGUACUUUGAGGGAGUAUUUCGAGCAAUCUAUGACCUCCGGAAGCGGAUCCGGAUUGCCUCUUUUGAUCCAACGGACGUUGGCUAAGCAAAUAUCGUUGGUCGAGUGUAUAGGUAAAGGCCGGUACGGGGAAGUAUGGAGGGGCGUUUGGCACGGGGAGAACAUCGCUGUGAAAAUAUUCUUUUCGAGAGACGAGGCCAGUUGGUCCAGAGAAACCGAAAUCUACAGCACGAUAUUACUUCGUCACGAGAACAUUUUGGGUUACAUCGGAUCCGAUAUGACUUCGCGCAAUUCCUGCACUCAAUUAUGGCUCAUUACUCAUUACCACGCGCUGGGCAGUCUCUACGAUUACUUGAAUUACACUUCGUUAUCCCAUCAACAAUUAAUGAAAUUAUGUCUGUCGGUAGCUAACGGUUUGGUGCAUUUGCACACGGAGAUAUUCGGAACGCAGGGUAAACCGGCGAUAGCUCACAGAGACAUAAAAAGCAAAAAUCUGUUAGUGAAAACCAAUGGUACCUGUUGCAUAGCUGAUUUCGGAUUAGCUGUAACUCAUUUCCAAUCGACUGAUCAAUUAGAUGUUGGUUCUAACCCGAGAGUGGGCACGAAACGCUACAUGAGCCCAGAGGUUCUCGACGAAACCAUUCGAGUGGAUCAUUUCGAUUCGUUCAGACGCGCCGACGUGUACGCCUUGGGCCUGGUUUUGUGGGAAAUGUGCAGGAGAACCGUCAGUAACGGCAUCGCCGAGGAUUACAAACCUCCGUUCUUCGAUGUGGUGCCGAGCGAUCCGAGUUUCGAGGACAUGAGAAAGGUGGUGUGCGUGGAUCAGCAGAGGCCGAAUUUGCCCAACAGAUGGACCAGCGAUCCGUUGCUGUCGGGGAUGUCGAAGUUGAUGAAGGAAUGUUGGCAUCAGAACGAGAACGUCAGAUUGCCGGCGUUGAGGAUCAAAAAGACGCUGUUGAAAUUGGCUAGUUCUGAUGCUGUUAUUAAAAUGGAGGAUAUGGAGGUUUGUGUGUAGGUUAUUUUGUGGAAUGAUUCGAUGGAAAGUAUGGCGAGAUUCUGGAGGGAAUAUUUAGGAAUCUGUUGGACGUUUGAAAUUAGUUUUAUUUGAUUGAUAAUCAUUAUUAGUUGAUAUUUGAACGCUACUGACGACGUUUUUGUUACUAAUUUCGAGACUGAUUGCGAGGAUAUUUUAUAAUCGUUUAUUUUUAGAAGAAAACCGGAUGCCAUAUUAAUAAACAUUCUUAUUAUAUUAAGGUGAAAAUCAAUUUGUUGGUAGACAAUCAUUGAGAUUAUUCGUCUACAAAGUAUUUGCAGUGGAAGACAUAUUAACAGUUUAUACACAUUUUUUUAUUUGAAUAGAUGAUUUGUAAUCGAUUUAGCAAUAUUAUAAGGGAAUUUUUAUCUCUUACGUUCGUCAUAUUUUAUAUAUAUUUUUUUGCCUCGUAUGUUUUCCAUUUAUGGCAAUGUUUUUCGUCGAAAAUUAAUGUGCCAAAUUAAUUUGUAUGUGUAAGUCGAAUUUACUCGAAAACAUUUUAUAAGAGAAGUUUAUUCGUUUAAGGUUUUUUUUUUAGAAAGUUAGUGCCAUUUUUUAUUAGGUCCAGUUAUGUAGUUUUUGUUGUUGAAAUACGUCUUUUUCUUCAAAAGUAAUCGAACUAAAAUAUUUGCAUUAAAAAAAUAGAUUUAUUUAUCAUCACUCUUGCAUUAUAAAUACUGUUCUUAGAUCCUUUUGCAAUUUUUAUAACAAUUAUAUUUGGUUUGAUUACUUUUACUAAAAAUUUGUUCGAUCUAAAAUCGAUUUGUAAUUUAAUCGACGAUUGAUCGGAACAAAUCGAUCUUAAGACAGGUUAAAAAAGACUCUUAACUAAACAUUUAUUACAUUAAUUAAUCGCUUUAACCAGUUAAUACAUAUCUUAUGUUUUUAUUAAGAUUAGUUUAUCUCUUGCGGUUAUGUUUGUAAACGAAUUUUGUUAUGAAUGCUAAUGAUUUAAUUAAUCGUAAUUGUAUUGAGGAUGAUAACCGGUCGCGGUUAUACGUUGAAUCAAACAUAGCAUAUUAUAUAACCCAGUACCUUUGUAAAUAUUACAAAUUGUAAAUAUUGUACAUCCUGACGUAAAUAUCUUGAUAAUCAUAUCUGUUUUUCCUUACUGCUCAAAUUAGGCGAAGUUUUUUCGAAUAAAUUUAGCAGUUGUAUUGAAUGCCAGGUUGGUUUUUAUUACUAUUUUUUUAAUACAUAUUAAUCAAACACGAUGAAAACUUUAAUUAACUAGUUACCUACUCAAUUUCUGUAUAACUUUGAAUAUUUUAAAAUGUCCGAGAGAACUCGCCUGGCAUUCGUUUUGACGUUUUUUGUAAUUGAUUCAUAUCAGGUAAAAUAAUUGUGGAAAUACUCAAUACAUACUCAGUGUUAUCAUAAUCAGUAUUUUGUUGUAUUCGUUAGGUUAUAGACAUUGUUUGUUAACAUUUUGUACAUAUGCAUUAGUUCGUUCAUUGUCAUCAGAUGGGAUAUUCCGUGAGCAAUAUAUUUAGUUUGAAAUUAA